UUGUUCAACCAAAAUAUCGUCUACUGUCGACAAGGACCAGGACAUACAUUUCACGAUGUCUAGUGGCGAAGAGGACGCAUACAAACUUAAUCCAAUGGAAACAGCUAAACUGAAAGAACUGUUUAACAAAAUAGAUAAAAAUAGGGACGGAAAGAUAGACAUAAUAGACUUGAGCACAGCUUUAUCGGAGCUCAAAGUGGCACAAUUGCCUGGUCAUGCACAGGAUUUUUUCAAGCGACACGACACAAAUCAUGAUGGACAGAUAACAUUCGUAGAAUUUGUAGAAUUUAUUUCGGAGCAUGAAAAAAGACUGCAUGAGAUCUUCACAAAAGUAGAUGUAAAUCGUGAUGGUUCUAUUGAUGUGAAUGAAAUAAUGGAAAGUUUCAAGAAGCUAGACAUGAAAGUAGAAAGGAAAGAAGCAGAGAAAUUAAUGAAGAUGAUGGAUAAAGAUGGAUCUAGGAAGAUAAAUUGGCAUGAAUGGCGGGACUACUUAAUAUUGUCAUCUGGUGUGACUAAGCUAGAAGAUAUACUUCAUUACUGGAGACAUGCAACGAUUAUAGACAUAGGUGAGAAUGCCAUUGUACCUGAUGAUUUUACAGAGAAGGAAAUGCAGACAGGAAUGUGGUGGCGUCACCUAGUGGCAGGAGGAUUUGCUGGAGCUGUAUCAAGAACAGCUACAGCACCACUGGAUCGUAUCAAAAUAUUCCUGCAGGUUCAUGGUAGUAAAAAUUCCAAUUAUGGUGUUGUAAAUGGAUUGCAGUACAUGAUAAAAGAAGGAGGAGUCAAAUCUCUGUGGAGGGGAAACUUUAUAAACGUUCUUAAAAUUGCUCCAGAAUCUGCUCUCAAAUUUAUGGCUUAUGAACAAUUUAAAUCCAUGUUCAAAGGUGACAGAAAAGAAAUAACAGUUGUAGAGAGAUUAAUGUCUGGAUCAUUGGCAGGAGCCACAGCACAAACAAUUAUCUACCCAAUGGAGGUGUUAAAGACAAGAUUAGCACUGAGGAAGACAGGUCAGUUUGAUGGUAUUGUUGAUUGCGCAAAGAAAGUUUACAAGUCAGAAGGUGCACAAGUAUUUUACCGCGGCUAUGUCCCUAAUAUACUUGGUAUUAUUCCAUACGCUGGCAUAGAUCUGGCGAUAUAUGAGACACUGAGAAACAUCUACACAAAAAGAACAGGAGGAGCUGAUCCAGGAAUAUUUGCAUUAUUAGCUUGUGGUACAUGUAGUAGUACGUGUGGACAGUUAGCUAGUUACCCCUUAGCUCUUGUCAGAACAAGGCUUCAGGCACAACGAGAAGGGCAUGACACAAUGUCAGGAAUGUUUAAGAAAAUCAUCAAACAAGAUGGACCAAUGGGACUGUAUCGUGGCUUGACACCUAAUUUUCUCAAAGUUCUACCAGCAGUUAGUAUUAGUUAUGUGGUUUAUGAAAAGACCCGGACUGCACUAGGUGUAAAUAUGUCUUAAUGUAGAUUUUUAUUUAGGUGUUUAUAAUAAAUACUUUAUUAUAAGUGUCCAUUAUCAAACUGAGAUACAUUUAUUAUAAUUUUAUAAUCACUUGCAUAAUUUGAGAUUUAGGCAAAUGUUCAUGCUUUUUGAUUGGAAGUUACAUGUCAUGUGACUAGAAAUCAGACUGAGGCUGUCUUUAUUUUUGUAUCUUCCUUAGUGAGCACCUAUUUAUUUAGCUGAUAUAUAGUAUUUUUUUCAGUAGUAGCAAUAUUUUACAGUAUACAGUUUAAAAUAUAAAUGUUUAUGAAAAUCAUAAACAGUAAAAACAUAUUUGUUCUUUCAAAACCCUGUACUGCUGCUAAUGACUUUUAUACAUUGGAGAGUAAAAAAUGAUUAAGAGAACAUUCAAAAGUUAAAUAUUAAGCUAAGAUGGACACUUUAUAUGGUUUGAGAGAAGAAUUUGUCCAAAGUAGUUAAGUUUGUCUCAAUUUUUUCCAAGCAGGAGAAGAUCUUAUUUUAUCUUUUCUAUUUAAUGCAAUAGAUAACGGUAUUUAAUAUUUUUUAUUUCGAAUUAAUUAUUAUAGUGUAGAAGCAUAUUAUUAGUUGUGUGCCAUGUAUUUUUGUUAAGGAUAUAGAAAACCAUACUAACAGAGGCUUAAAUCUCAUAUAUAUAUAGCUGUAUAUUAUUGUAUAGAAAUAUUCAAACAUUUGUAUUGUCAGUUAUAUGAAAACGGUUUGUUAAUGUUAAAACAUUUUAUAAUUAUAUGUUGAUUGUUAAUUUUGAGGUUUUUUUUAUCUUCCAAAUUGCAAUAAAUAAUCUGUUAUAUAGAAAUUAUUUAAAUUAAUAUUACCACACACUGUUAACAUAGUAAAAGGUUAAUGUUAUUUCAGUACACUAGAACUUCAAAGGAAAUAUGAAUGGGUCACUGUUUUUGGACCCUUAAGUUCGAAAAUCUAAAACUUUUAUAAAUUGUUAAAUUACAUCUUUUAAAUGUUUGUCCGUCAUUAGUCUGACAGAUAUUGGUAUUUCAUUUUAGAAUUUUGUCUGUAGGUCUUCAAACUUCUUGCAUUUAAGGAAAAAAUGCCAAAACUUCUAGAAGAGCCUCAUUUUGAGAUCUUGUCAUUGUUACUUAAAUAUGAGCGACAGCUCUACCCUCAAAGAUAUUUUGCUACAAGAUGUCUUAUAUAAAGUUGUUAUAAUGACAGAAAUAUCUUUUUGAGAUAGAAUGUUGUUCAUAUUUUAUUUGAACAUAAUCAAUAUAUAAAAUGUCAAUUUAGAUAUGUUACAGUCACAUCACAGAUGAUAUUUCUGUACUAAAGUGACCACACUUUAUUGUGCCAUUUAUUUUUAUCAAUAAAUUAAAAUGAUUUGAAAGGAUUAUUAUUUUUGCAAUUUCAGGGAAAUAUGUAAUAACCUUGCCCUCACAUCACUGCCCCAAUGAUAUAACUGGUAAUCAUUCCCUGCAUUGACAUCACUUUAAAUUAAUGUUACGGCUAAAGAAAUUUAUAAUCAUAACAUCUUUCAUAUUUUAACCUUUCUUUUACAAAGCAACAGUAUUUAGCUGAAAGAUAGAUAUUAUCCAUAAAAAACGUAUGACGGUUGUUUUCAAUUUUUUCUGUUGGUUGAUACAGUCAAGCGUAUGAUUUUUGUUUCGCCUUGACGGAGUCAAAAAGUGAGACAUAGAUAUGCUGUUUCCGGUGAAUGUAUUAGUUUGUGAUUAGGUCUGAUAAAGGGGAACCAUUAGUGGUAGGCCAAUGUUAAUUGGUAUGCAGUUGUAUUAGCAUUGACACAUCUCAUAUCCAUGGAGAUUAUUAGGCCCUGCCCCCUCAGUCAUGGUCUAUUGACUUUGAAACUUUUGCUUAGUUUACAUAUAUAUUAGUUUGUGAUUAGAUCAGUUUUAGAUGAACAACUUAUGUUAAGUCAAUGAUAUUUGGUAUGCAAAUUUGUUGGCAUUUGCAAGUCUUGUUUCCAUGGAGAUUAUAUAGCCCGACCCCCUCAUCAUGGUUCAUUGACUUUGAAACUUACAGUUUACAAGUUAAUGUUUGUGUUUAGGUUUGUUUAAAGGGAAUGAAUUAUGAUAAGUCAAUGGUAUUUGGUAUUCAGUUUUAUUAGCACUGGCACAUCACAUUUCCAUGGAGAUUGUAUAGCCAUGUACCUUCAGUCAAGGUUCAUUGACUUUGAAUAUUUGCAUAACUUACAUGUUAAAGUAUUGCUAUUUUAAUUUCAACUUUUGCAUUAUAAAAAUUACAAAAAGGCGAGACAUAUCUCUGUGUUAACAGUUUAUGUCAUGUUUUAUGGACUUUCCCCUUUUUGAAUUACCUAUGAGUUUAAUAUUUUUGUUAAUACUGUUUUCCAUUAAAUUCUAUCAUAUAAAACUAGAAUACUGACUAUUCUUUUUACUUUUUUGGUUUAUUUACAAAGGGAGUGUUCUCCCCAGGGCCAUGGUGUUAUAUUUAUUUACCAAAGUGCUAUCUGAAUAAAUUUAUGUUAUAAUGUAUUAUAAAUGAGCUGUUUUGAUUUAAGGGACGCAUUGCUAUUUCAAAUCUCAUAGUGCUAUUUUAAAAAUGGUGGGGAGAACACUUACAGAUGGUUCAGUUUUAUUUGCAGUCACUUUUUUGAUAGUUUAUUUUGUUAAAUGAUAACCCUAUGGACCAAUAAUUACCGUAAUUGUAUCACUUUCAUGACUAAGUUACCAAUAGAAGUUUUUUUUAUUUAUGCAGUUAAAUUUUUUAAUUCUUUUGUUGUGAAUGUUGCAAAUCAUAUGUUACAAAUUGCAAAACUUCUACUCUACAGUACCUGCAUCUACCUGGUUUUAAUUUGUUGCAGAAUUGUAUGAUCAUUUAUGAAAGACAUUUAUUUAGUCUUAACUGUGAUAUAAACUAUUAGUACCAGUAUGUCAUUUUCAAUGCUCUUCAAUUUCGUACGUUAUUUGUCCUUUUUAACUUUUUUUAUUCGAGCGUCACUGAUGAGUCUUUUGUAGACGAACCAAGCAACUGGCAUACAAAAUUUUAAGCCUGGUAUCUAUUGACGAGUUUUCAAAAUCAUUUAACCAUGACAUAUUUUUUUAAAGCAUUCCAACAUUUAUGAGUACAUGUGCUUACUUACUUUUUUAUAGAAUUUGGCUAAGUAGAAAUUUCCGUUUAUUUAUAAUUUAAUUUGUUGAAAUUGUAUAUAACAUCAAAUUCCCCAAUUUACAAACCAAGCGCAUUUAAUAUACAUGUAUUGAGUGUUAUUUAGCCAUAUUUCAUAUGUAAACAACAUUGAUACUUGUGAUGUUCAAGUAUUUGGGAUUUCACAAUUUCGAUAUUUUUGUGAAAACCAAAUUCGACAUUAACAGUUUUAUAUUAUAUCUGUAUGAUUUACUGAAAUGUAGCAGUUGAUCAGAAAAAGGAUAAUUUUCUUUUUUUCAAUGGAAAUUUUUGUAAACAUUUCAGAAUUCAAUGUGUUUGCAUAAUAUUUUCUAUAGUAUACACAAUAGCUUAGUGAAUUGUUAACAAUGGAUAUCCAACCAAUGGUGCAAUUAUUAUACCCCCUCUCCCUCCUCUUGCAAAAAACGAUUUUUGGGGGUACAUAUGAAUAUAUAUGUUUGUCUAUCAGUCUGUCCAUGUAACUUGUAAUUAACGUGUUGAUAGUGCAACUGCUGCUAACAUGAUUGAUGGAUAUUGAUAUUGCAUGUGCAUAAAGGAAUAAAGUCUCAGGUCUACAUGUUCAAGGGGAGAUAAUAGAACUUACAUACUUACUCCAAUAUUACAAUAUGUGGUCAUAGUAUUCAGGGUAGGGGAGAUAAUAGAACUCACAUACUUACUUCAAUAUUACAAUAUGUGGUAAUUGUAUUGAGAUUAGGGGAGAUAAUAGAACUUACAUACUUACUUCAAUAUUACAAUAUGUGGUAAUAGUAUUGAGGGUAGGGGUUUUAGAUUUUAUUUUAUGUAUGAACAAUGAAAUUUCUCUUUAACCUCUAGUUCUGUUUUUAUUUUAUUCAACAUUUCACAUGUUUUUGGUGUUACUGUAAUUAAUAUACAGGUCCCUGACUCCGUGUCCAUUAAAAGUGUUCAGCUACAGAAAUUAGGCUAUACUUUAUACAAACUGUGGUCAUGUUUUUUGGAACUCAAUUCUUUUGCAUUAUAUAAAACCUUUUUGUCCCUCCUUUUUCAAGAUAGAAAUGUAGAAUAAAAAGUAAAAUCUUAUUUUAAAAGGAUAAACACCAUAUUUUUUAUACAAUGAUUAUAACUUGCAGGCAUGUGUAAUUUAGUGAUUAAACAUAGGUAAAAUGAUUAUGAAUGUUGGUAUACAUGUACAUGUAUGUAUGUAUGUAUGUAUGUAUGUAUUUAUGAAAGUCGUGACUGAUGAAAAAUUGGUACUAUAUUGCUCUUUUUAUGAAAAAAAAUAAUUUGAGAAUUGCAUAACAUACUUGUUUUUUCAUUGACAAUGAAUACAUUUCUAUAUUUAAACUCAAGGCAGAUAAAUGUAAGCCAAUAUACAGGAAAAACUCAGUGAUGGAAUUAGCCACUUUUGGAAGGGUGAAUGAUUCAGUUGGUUAUAACCGAGGGUUAGGCAUUUUUGUUUUGGAACAUUUUUCAUGUGAUUUUUCUAAAAAAUAAAACUGAAAAAGGAAAAGCAACUCUUAAUUUUCCCUAGAUUUAAAAGAUAUACAUGUAGUACCAUUCUAAAGUCAAAGAAGAUUUGAAAGCAUGAUUGUUAUUCCUUUCACUGUUGAUUCCAUAAACAUGAAUUCUGUUUUCAACAAUUUUACCUCUUUGGAGAUUUUCUAAACUCUUUGUGUUUUUGUUGAAUACAUAUUUGUAUGUGUGUAUGUCUGUCUGUCUGUGAGUGUUUGUAGUAAUGUCUUCCAUAAUGCUUAGAUUCAUAGAAGCAGAUUUACUUUGUCUGGUUGAUGAUUACACCUGGAGAAAUUCGCUUAUACACCUUAAAUGUUUGCAUUGAGGGUAUAGUAAAUUUGGAAUCAUAGAGAUAUUGCUAAUAAAACCAAAAAUAUUAAUGGAUGUUUUUUAUUUUGUAUAAUCUGUUCUGUCUUUAAAUCUUAUUACCUUAUGUGAUUUAAAUGUGAUGAUUUGUUACUGUUUUGAUUAAAUCUCAUUUUUACCCGUAAUUAUUAAUAGUCUGAAAUAGUUUGUACUCGUAGUAAUGAAUGUUCUGUGUAAACUGCAGGAUAUUUCUGCUUGUAUUAUAUGUCACUACUAUUUUUUACAAUUAAAAAAAAUACAAAUUCA